ACAGCCGCUCCACAGCCUCAGAGAGAGCACUGCCGAGCCGGGAGUUGGCAGCCUGAAGAAAGCGAUAUUCAACUGACAGCAAAGAUGGACUUUUUAAUAGGAAAUCCUUUCUCGACUCCUGUAGGUCAGCGAAUAGAAUAUGCUACAAGCUCCAGUCUGCAGUCAGAGGACUGGGGCCUAAACAUGGAAAUCUGUGACAUCGUCAAUGAGACGGAGGAAGGACCUAAAGAUGCUGUCAGAGCAAUAAAGAAGAGGAUUGUUGGGAAUAAGAAUUUUAGAGAAGUCAUGCUUGCUUUGACUGUUCUGGAGGCUUGUGUAAAGAACUGUGGCCACAGGUUCCAUCUCUUGGUGUCAACCAGAGAAUUUGUCGAGGGGGUUUUGGUCCAAACAAUUUUACCUAAAAAUGAGCCUCCUCUAGUUCUUCAUGACAGAGUACUGAGUAUUAUACAGGCCUGGGCUGAUGCAUUCCGCAGUUCUCCAGAUUUAACAGGAGUAGUUUUUGUGUAUGAAGAUCUCAGAAGGAAAGGGCUGGAAUUUCCAAUGACUGAGCUGGAAAAUUGUUCCCCAAUCCACACACCCAUCAAGCGAGUUCCUGACCAGAAGUUCCCCGUAACCAUGUCUGAAGCCCCCCUCUCCCCUACACACCCAGCUCAGUCCCCACCGCAGACUCCUACCAUGCAGAACACAGAAGGCCCCAUCACUUUAUCGCCUGAUCAGGUGAAGAAGCUGAAGGCUGACCUGGAGGUAGUUCGUAGUAACCUCAGAGUGAUGUCAGAUAUAAUGAUUCAAAUGGAUCCUGGACGCAUUCAGAAAUCUGACGCAGAACUCCUGCAGCAGUUGUACUCCUCAUGUAAGGCAACACAGGAACGAGUAGUGCACCUCAUUCCCAGAGUAACUGAGGAGACGUUGGUAGAGCAGCUGCUGGUUGCCAAUGACGACAUGAACGCAACCUUCACACGAUAUCACAGUUUUGAAAGACAUCUCAACAGACAGAACACUGGACAAUCGUGUCCCACUUAUGGCAACCUUAUUGACCUCAACUCUGCCUCUAAAUCGCACAACCAAUCAAAGCAAUCAACCCCUAUUCAUAAGCCCAUCAGCCACACAGUCGGCUCACUGUCCAGUCAGAUGGCUGGCCUAAGCACAAAAGUAGAAGGCCAUGCACAGAAACAACACCACUCUUCAGCACGGCUCCAAAACAGGGACAGUGAGGAGAAUUCUACAGUACUGGACGAACUAGCUGCAGGACAAACUCGAUUGCAUAAUGCUGGAGUGGAUAACAGCCCAGACUCCAUCCCUCUCGGCACCUCCCCUCAAUUUUAUUGGAUGGUGGAAAAGGGCAUGAUUCCUGUCGAUCAGAGUGGUGUGAUGGAUGACAUUGAACGAUGGCUUGAUGUGGAUGAUGAUGAUGACUUGGCAGACUCUGAGGGAGUGACCAGUGAAGAGUUUGAUCGAUUUUUGGCAGAGAGAGCAAAAGCAGCCGAGCGUCUUCCCUCCGUGAAAGCAUCGUCUCGUGACCACCUGCCGUCAAAACCACAGUGAUUACAAGAACAUGGUCACCUACAACUAACACAUUCCCCAGCAAGGAUCAUCAUUAGCACAAAAGUAGAUGAUGAAGAAGAAUGUUUUUUUUUUAAUGUUUAUGAGUUAAUGCAAUGGCUAUAAUUAUAUCAUAAAAUUGCGUAACAGAGAAGAAGUGCUGCAUAACAUGAAUUUUAAAUGUACUAAUCUUGAUUUUAGGGCUCUGGCACUGAUGUUGUGCCAUUCUCUGGUUUACCAGGCUGUUAUAUAUCUUUUGUAUCAAGUACUUUUUUGAAACUAUUUUAGUAUGAACUGGUUACUGGUUCUUGUGGCACACAAGAUUCACUUUUAAGACAGAUUAAAAGAUUCUUCUCUAACGUUCUAACAUACAGUGGCUAUCAACAGUGAAGGAUAACAUUUUUGGUUUGCAUAGAAGAGAGAAUUUCUCAGUUGGUUUCUCUAUAUUCAAGUCCCAGUCACAAAUCGCUGGGUCAUUUUUAUUUAAUACUACAGCAACUAUAAUAUUUUGAAAAUAUAACAGUGACAUCUACAAUAUAUUCAUUUUACCAUAGUCUCUGUUUCAAGAUUGGAGAUGCCUGGGAGGACUUUUUGCAGAUCAAGGGGAGACUGUGAACAGAGAGAUUUCAGAGUGUAUACAUUCUUCACAAGCAGUGCAGCAAAAGCAGGAUGUGCAUAGAUGGGAUAAAUACUAGACAUGCCAAUCUAAACUGAUCAAAUGGAAUCUAAGGCAGGCACAGUCUAGUUGAUAGUAAAUGUCAGCUUAUUUUUGCAUAUAAGUUAUUUUUUGAAGACCCUUUAUCAUUUAGUAGUUCAUUUUCCCUAUUUGUGGGCCAAACUCAGUUGGGCACCUCAGAGAUGAAGGUUCAACUGUGGUGAGUGGUUAUACUUUUUGUAAAGAAAAAAAAACAGGAAUUCAGUGGUUGGGCUUUAUUUUUUAAUGCUAUAAAAUAUUACAAUAACAAGUUAUAGUACUUUAAUAAAAUGUCUGAACAUCUCA